AUGGUUUUCACCAUUGGUACUGUUUGCUGGUACGCAUCUUUCAAGCUCCGACCGCUCUUUUGGGAAGUAGUGUUUGUGGUUCUCAAAGUCGUGGGAUUUCUAUUAUCGAUCUUAUUGCAAAAUGCACAAUUUAAUGCAGUUUCCCCAAUGCUUCUUUCUACACUUAUGGCGCUUUGUCGCACACUUGUGGUUGAGUCGCUACGAAUUGUGAGCCACGAGGCAAGUACGUUAAUUCUAAUCGCAUUGGCUUGGAAUGAGUAUGGGCAUUUGCAGCCGGAGAGCUUUGAUGCAGAGCCGAAGUGUUGGACUGGCGUAGAUGAUCCACGUUUCAUACUAACGUUAUGGCUGGGAUGCGGCUGGGCGUUUGCUGAGGUGCUUGCAGGCUCGUACCAAUUGUAUAAGUUUGUUCCCAUGUACCGCACGACGGAUCGUCCGAUGCUAGGACUCGGUGAAGAGGACUUGCUUACAGACUUUAUCGAUGCUGCGGAAGAGGAACAAGAUGAAGGUUCAAGCUCAUACUUGUCCUCAGGCCGAAGCUCAGAUCAACUGGAGGGAAUGUCACUCGAUGAAUUGAUCCUCAUGCGUGAAAAGACGGAGCUCGAGGAUCAACUGGGUGAAUACCUAGAGAAUGUGCCGCCUGCCAUUAUCACGCUCUGGCGACUUGAUUCGGUCCUGUGGCAGCUCGGUACAUGUCUGCUCAUUUCGGCAGCCAUUGUUCAGGCACAAGGCUGUGCUUCGUUGGACGGUAAUACAACGUAUCGAUUUUUGCCCUUCCCUCCACUUCAUUCCAUGAGAUGGACCUUUGCUAUUAUCGUGAUCAUACACACCAUAUCCGUCCUGGCGUGGCUUCUUGUUCUCCCACGCUUGGGUCUUACAAACGUCACAUAUUCUUCCCUAUUAGUUGGCCUUGUAUUGCUAUCUUCCGGUCUCGGACGCUGGAACGUGUUGAAAUAG